AUGACUAUUGGACCCAACAAGUUGAAUGGUAUUGCACUCCAAAUCAUACAGGAAUCUCAGCUAUGCUUGACAGUUGGUUUCCAACUGUCCAGGAGAUUACCAGAUGCAUCUUACAAUCUUGACUGCAGUCAAAUUGUAAGCUGCGUCUGGUUAUCUCCAGAUUGGAAUACUUGCCAGAGUCUCAGCAAAUACUGUCCAAAAUUGAUACAUCUUGAUUUAGGAUCUUGCUCACAAGUUACAAAUCUAUCAUUAAAGGCUAUAGGGGAUGGAUGUCCAAAUUUGGAGAAUAUUAAUAUUUCAUGGUGUGAUCAAAUAUCUAAUCAUGGUGUUGAAGCUUUAGCACGAGGUUGUCCUAAACUAAAAUCUUUUAUUAGUAAAGGAUGUUCACUUGUCAAUGAUGAAGCUAUUUAUGAAUUAACAAGGUUUUGUUCAAAUUUACAAGUUAUAAAUCUACAUGGGUGUGUGAAUAUAACAGAUGAAUCAAUUUUAUGCAUUAGUCAAAAAUGUCCUAAAUUGUAUUAUCUUUGUGUAUCAAACUGCUCACACUUGACAGAUUCAUCUCUUGUUGCUCUUGGACAAGGAUGCCAUAAUUUAAGGUGACAUAAUAUCUAAACAUAUACUUAUCCUUAUUUAAUAUUUUCAUAAAUAGACUAAUGAUUUAAUAUCAGAAAUUCUGUUUUUCUGUAUUCAAUUAAUGUUGAUUUUAAAAUUAAGAAUACUUUCUUAUAAAGUACUAGUCAUUAAUUCUUUUCUUUCAAGUGUAUAUAUAGAACCAUCCAAGAAAACUGAAAUCAUCAGUUUAUGUUAACUCUUAUCGAUGGACAUGCAUAAUAAUAUAUAUUUUUUUCUAUCAUAAAAUAAAUAUCACAUCAGCAUCAAAUUCUCAAUAUAUUUAUACCAAUACUGAAAUUUAUUUAUAAACAUGAUACAUUGGACUCUUGCUAAUCUGGCCAUUCCUUGCAUAGAAAGGAGCCAGAUUAGCAAGAGUGCCAAAUUACUAAGUAUGUAUAGACCUAAAGACUAUCUAAAGGCAAUGAAUGAUGUGACCUGUUGCUCUUCAGUACUGACUUUUUUGGAAGCAGAUGGGCAAGUAGUUUGGCAUCCUGGUAUGCAAUACUGUACACAGAAAUGAAACCUGAAUAAACAGGUAAAUAGAUUGUAUGAUAUUAGAGCUCCACCAAUGUGCUGUGAUAUGAUGAUAGAUGUCUGCAAUGCCUGCAAGUGGAGGAAAACCACAUAGUUUAUGGUGGGCAUGUGAAUGGUUAAUUAAUUAAUUUAUUUAUUUAUUUGUUAAAUUUACAGAAAUAGUCUGAUUAGACAUUUGAUUUCCAUCCCCUACAAAACCUAUAUAAAAAAAAACAAACAAAAAAGCCCCAAUAAAAAAAACAAAUAACAAAUCUUAAAAGUGAUACAGCACUUUUUAUAUUUUGUUUUAAAAACAGGGAGUUUAAGAUAUAAAAAUUUAUCAAAAUUAUUAAGGUUUCACAAAAUAUGGUAAAAAAAAAAAAGAUUGUUGGGGUAUUUAGACAAAAAAGCGAGUAAAAAUGUAAAUAAAUGAACAAAGUUUCAUUCCAAAUCCCAUUUCUCAAUGGGAUUUGGAGUGAAAGCCAAUCUUGAUAGAUAAGACCAUUAAAAUAUUUGUAAUAAAUUAGCUGGUCAAAAUAUUUAAUUCUCUCAAAGAAAGAUGGGAAACCCAGGCAAAUUCUAGCGAUAUUUCAGUCAAGAAUGAAAAGCAGGUUAUACAUUUUGUUAAACAUGAGGUUUAAUAGCUGAAGUAAUCUUGUCUAAAAGGGAAGGUGUAGCCAUUGACCAUAUGGGCAAGCCAUAAUUAACACAUCACUGAAAGUUAGCAUAAAAAAUGGUCUGCAAUGCUCUUUUAUUAAAGAUGGGCUUACAAAAUUGCGAUAAAAUUCUAUGUCUUAUAGCAAGAACUUUAACUAGUUUAUCAAUAUGAUUUUUGAAAGUAAGUCUGGUGUCAAAAACUAUGCCCAAGUUGCUAAUAGAAGAUACAUAUUUAAUUGGAUUAGAAUCAAUGUAUAAAAUGGUCACUGAAGGAUUACAGAUCAAUGUGUAACACAUAGCAAGUGUUUUAUUAAUAAUAAUUUUAAGUAAAUAAUAAAAACAAUGGGAU